UUUGCAGCCAUGGAGAGAGGAAAUGCAUACCUUCUCCAGCAGCGGAAAAUAGCCCAGCUGAUGAGCGAUUCGCAGAGAGAGGCACACACAGACCAAUACAGACAGAGAACGAGGGCAGUGAGAGAGAGAGAGACUGAGACUGACCAAGUGUAACUUUGAGUUCAACAAAGACCCUGCCAAGUUAUUACCACAUACUGUGUCCACCAGCUUGGAUACUUCAAAGUUUGGAACGAGAGAGUUACAGGGAGCUGAAGAGGGAAGGAGAUUGAGGGUGAGAGAGAGUGAGAGAGAGAGAGAGGCAGACAGGACAGCAGGGGAGGGCAGCAACAGGCUAAAGGCAACAGAUUAGGGCGCCAAAUAAGGCAGAGAGAGAAUCCAGACACAAAGGAGGGGAAAUGGAAGAGAAUAUGUUGUGAAAUGCACAUUGAAGAUCCUGCUUGGCUCAGGCUGAGAGCAGGGCGGUGUCAACGUGUGGCUAGACAGUGGGCAGAGGAUCGCUGUGGUCAGUAGAUCCGACUGUUGACUGCCAGGGUUACAUCACUGCCGAAUGCCGUGGUUGGGUGAAAGAGCCGUGGCUCUGGGGACAAUAUGGCGCAUUAUUUGCUCUGCUGGGGGGGCGGGGCUUUGGAAGACAUGUGCCUGGAUGCCCCCUACCCGGCCAUAUACCGGGAGAAGCCAGGCCACUGGGCUCCAGACCCACUCCCACAGCAGGACGUGGGCGAGCGCUUAGCCCUGGGCAGCACCGAGGCCCUGGCCAACGGCAACAAGGCUGACCUGCAGGCUGCUAAGCGCCUAGCCAAACGCCUCUUCAACCUGGACGGCUUCAGGAAGUCUGACGUGGCCAGGCACCUGAGCAAGAAUAAUGAAUUCAGUCGGAUGGUGGGAGAAGAAUACCUCAGUUACUUCAACUUUUCAGGCCUUACUAUUGACCAAGCGCUAAGAGCCUUCCUGAGGGAGUUUGCCCUCAUGGGAGAGACACAGGAGAGAGAGCGAGUGCUGGCCCACUUCUCUAGGAGAUAUCUACAAUGCAACCCCAAUGCAAUACCUUCUGAAGACAGUGUCCACACCCUGACCUGUGCUCUGAUGCUGCUCAACACAGACCUGCAUGGCCAUAAUAUCGGCAAGAAAAUGUCCGUCCUGCAGUUCAUCGGUAACCUGGAAGGGCUAAACAACGGAAAGGAUUUUCCCAAGGAACUGCUCAAGGCCUUGUACAACUCUAUCAGAAACGAGAAGCUCCAGUGGACCAUCGAUGAGGAGGAGUUGCGCAAGUCCUUCUCCGAGUUGGCCGAUUUGCGCACUGACUCCGCCUCCCACACCAUGAAGCGAAUCGGCAGUGGUCUAGGCGUGGCCCAGAAUCCUGACGCCCUGAUCUAUAAGAACGGCUUCCUGGUACGGAAGGUCCACGCAGACUCUGACGGCAAGAAAACGCCCAGAGGUAAGAGAGGAUGGAAGACGUUUUAUGUCAUGCUGAAGGGACUGGUCCUCUACCUGCAGAAGGGAGAGUACCGUCCAGAAAAGCAGCUGUCUGAAGAGGAUCUGAAGAAUGCUGUGUCCAUCCACCACUCUCUGGCCAUGAGGGCAGCAGACUACAGCAAGAGGCCCAACGUCUUCUACCUGCGCACUGCAGACUGGCGAGUGUUCCUCUUCCAAGCACCUAAUGCAGAGCAGAUGCAGUCGUGGAUCACCCGUAUCAACGCGGUGUCAGCCAUGUUCUCAGCACCACCCUUCCCUGCUGCCAUCGGCUCUCAGAAGAAAUUCAGCCGUCCGCUGCUGCCAGGCUCCAACACCAAGCUGUCUCAGGAAGAGCAGGUGAAAUCCCAUGAGACACGUUUCCGGGCCAUCUCCUCUGAGCUGAAUGAGUUAACCGCUGUAAUUCCAGACAAAAAAGCCAAAGUUCGUGAUCUGGAGGAGCACAAGCAACGUGAGGAGUACCUGGAGUUUGAGAAAACUCGCUACGGUACGUACGCCAUGCUACUGAGGGCUAAGAUCCGGAGUGGGGAAGAGGACCUGUCUCUGUUCGAGUCGCGUCUCUUUGACGACGGGGGUCUCCAGAGGGCCCACUCCAGCCCCACUCUGCGGGAGGAACACAGCAGCAGCAGCCAGGCCAGCAGUGCCAAGAGGGGGGGGCAGCAGCAGUAGUUCCAACACCAGGGGGAGCAGCAAGACCAAGUGCUCUGAGCCCCAGAGAAACAGCUACAGGAAGGCUGUCAAACAGUGAGAGGGACCCUGGAGGGUGUUGCGGUGGACACGAUGGCUUAAACAAUUGGAUUAUCUGUGUUGAUCGAUAGACGGGGACCACUGGUGUGACUGGAAAAUGAGAUGGAGGAGGAAGAUGGGGGAUAGACCUGUUGCAUGCUUCUAUCCCGAGAAACCACAGGCACUGGAUGCUCCAGGGCACUCAGUCCUUCAUUUUACUAUACACAUGACUAACUUCUGUGUGGUCCUAAAUUCUGGGUCAUAUCCACAUUUAUUUUACUUGAACAUGCUUUUUGGACCAAUUGUUGUUUACAGAGAUCUAAAGAUGACAUGGACUUAUGCCAUUAGAUCUGAUUAUGUUGAGAGUCGUAGGUUAUUUCCCUCCCACGAGAGUUCACUGUCUCCAUAAAUUACAUCUAUGUGAUUACUGCACACAGCCCACCACCUCCACGUGUAAAGUGAGUUGCCGUGCCGACCAGCUAUGAUGGACAGAGACGGGGCUGCAUCGGCUCAUCUGACUGUUACCAUGGAGACUAAACGGAGCCCGGGAUCAUUCCGUCCGACCAGAGUGCCAGAACCUCAACCCAACCACAAUGCAUUUGGAGGAAACUGGACGAACGCUGGGCUCUUCACGACAGACAUGAUCAAUUGGAAGGAAUACAGCAGGUUACUGGACAUAAUUUAUGAUGCUGCAUGCACAUACAAAUGUUCUCCAAAGUCUUUGCUAUGAUUUUGUUAUUCUAAGGACUCUUAUUGUGGCAAACUGAACUGGCCCAGAGCCAGGCCCUUCUACUGUAACUGUGAAGCUCUGCUGGAUCUCAUUGUUAUUUCUAAGGACAUUUACACACAUCAGCUAUGGCACCACCACUAAUCCUUGAGUGUUUUGUCUUACUAAUGGGUUGAUGAAGUAGGUUGAUCACACAGACUGGCUGUCUAUCGGUUUAAUGAACUUAUAGAGUAGGAGGACUGCAUGCGUACGAGGAGAUGGAAGACUCACUCAAGAGGACAUGCUUCGCUAUGGUAUCAAGACUAUCCCUUUUUUUUCCCUUAUGUGAUUCACAUGGUGUUUUUCAUUUGUAUAACUGGAAAAAAAAAUAAACGUGACAGGAGGCUUAGUUUACAGUA